UGUGUGUGUGUGUGCGUGCGUGUGUGUGUGUGUGUGUACGGCGUGUGUCCCUAACCCGUGCCCUUCGAGAUGACACCGCCGCCAGAUUUGAUGAUGCAGAUAACGGAGCUGCAAGGCGCCGUAGUGGAGAUGAAAUCCACUUUAGCAGAGGCGGUGGCGAAGCUUGGAGUGGCGGUGGAGGAGGAGAGGAAGAAGACAGCAGCCGCAGCAGGAGGAGGAGGAGGAGGAGGAGGAGGAGGAGGAGGAGGAGAUGAGCUGGUGGAGGAGGCGAGGAAGAACUGCCAAACUAACACAGCGGAGGUUCUUAAGCUUGUCCUGUCCCUCAAAGCUGACCUGACGGGAUUACAGAAGGACGUGGUGGGAGUGAGUGAGAGGCAGGACAACUUACAGGCCACGCUCUCACAGUUGCUGGAAGAGAGGAAGAUGCUGGUGGCGGAUCUCACACAGGCUGGCGUCAUCUCCCUACACACGCGAUCUAAAUUGGAGGGUACGCUACUACAGCCUACCCCAGAUCUAAAUUGAGGGUCGCACAGACAUGAUGGGGGUGGUGGGGGGCGGGGGUGGCGGAGGGGGGUCGAGAGGGGGCAGCGGUAACCAUAGCAACGACUCAGGUGUGGCGUUGCUGCUGGAGAGGGCGCACCUGGCCUUUGGGGGGGCUGACCACACGCCCUCGCCCACGCCCACCACACACCGCACGUCAGACCAGGACUCCCUCCCAGAGCAGCCUUCCCUCCUUGUUCCUCCUUCAGUGUAUGAUUAUGUAGCAGGAUUGAGGAACCACCCCCCUGCCCCUCCUGCACCCCCCUCCUCCACGGGGCCCCUCCAGGACACGCACGCCCCUCCUUCCAGGCCAGGACAACCACCAAACAACAACAAUAACAAUAACAAGGAAAAGAAAAUCAGAAGCAGAACAAGACUGAACGAGAACAGUCUCACAGAUAACGGCACUCAUUCAGACUUCCCUGAUGACGACGCGCUCUACGAUUCAGAUUCCUCGCUCACCAUUGCUGCCAACAAGUCACUGAGCCUCACCACCUCCCUAAGCCAGCAGUGUGACCUCGAGUUGCACCAAGCCACCUCCGCCGCCUCCUCCACCCGCGCCAACUCCACUUCCGAGGGUUCUGAGCACGGGAAGGUGGAGGGCGGUGGAGUAGGGGGUUAUUGUCGCCAUUUGCAGUUUUGCCCAAGGGAGAAUGGCAAAGAUACCACCACCACCACCACCACCACAGACCCCUACCAGACCCCCUCCCCGGUGGGCAUGGGGCGGGGUGGUGACCUGAGUGACCCCCGGGAGGCGCGGCGGUACAGGGUUGCCAAGGAGCUGCUGGACACAGAGAAGAAAUACUGCCGGACUCUGUGGACCAUUCAGGACACGUUUGCAGAGCCACUCAAGAAGGCCAAUAUUCUGUCACGCAAGGAUAUCAGCACACUGUUCCCGGAGGAGGUGUACCAGCUGUAUGACAAGCACAGCAUCCUGCAACACCAGCUGAGGGAGAGGCUUGGCUCCUGGAAGUGGCAGCCGCUGGUCGGGGACGUGGUGGCGCGCUUCACUGACCCACGGCAGAGUGAUGUGCUGCGCCUCUACACCACUUAUGUUAACGACUUCCCUGAGGUGCUCAAGACCUUCAGGAAGAUGUGCCACACCUCUCAGCCCUUCACCAGGUUCAUCAAGGGAUGUCUCGAGCAGCCAGCAUGUGGAGGGCUGGACCUUGGCGCCUUCCUCCUCACCCCAGUCCAACGCAUACCCAAGUACAUCCUUCUAAUCAAGCAGUUAUUAAGAUACACAGAAUCCACACACCUCGACUACCUCCACCUCCACACCUGCCUGGACCGCCUUAGAGACUUCCUGGCUAGACUCAACGAUUCUAUGGAGCAUUCCUUUCAACUGGUCCACAUCCACCUGGCCCCUCCACCCUCAGCCCAGGUGGAGGAGGAAAAAGUUGUGCAUCUUCGACAUUUGAGUCAGUUUGAGGAGGUGAAGGAUGGGGGUGUCUUGGCAGCGUCUUCUGGCUACCACCACCACCACCAUCACCACUUGCAUAAUGGGAAUAGAAUAGGUCGCUUGCCUCGCCGCUCCACCUCCUCCCUGGGCAGCCCCACCACCAGCCCAACCCUGAGCCCCCCCGGCAGUCUGGGUGGUGGCAGCCCAACCCGGCCCCCACAGCGGUCCCUCAGCUCAGCGGGGGUGGAGGCAGGAGGGGGGAGGAGGCAUCGAGACCACCAUCAGCACCGCCAGCCUCUCGACUCAAGAUCCUCAUCUCUUCCGCAGUUCACCAACAAUAGGUACUGCCGGGAACGUAGCCCCCUCCUGCCCCCAACAGCCAAGGGUGCGAUCUAGGAGUGAGAGUGUAGCCUCAAGACGGCCCCUCCAGCCCCACAGCUCCCCAGACAGCCCUGCAGAUAGCCCCGUCUUGGCCCCAGCACUGUCUGUCUUGAGUGUCACUUCCAAAGAGGCGCGUUGGAAGGACAUGUCAGGGAGUGAGCCAUUUUUAGCUGAAACGCCAACUUCUGCCCCCUCCCUGCUCACCCCAGCCCCCACCCACAGUACCUUGAGUGUGGACGGGCAGCCCCACAGCCCCCCACACCCCAGCGCUUGGACAGACAGACAUGCAGAUGACAGGAAGAAGAAAUCAUUGAGAACAUCACUUCGAAAUAUGUUUACAUUUAAGAAAAGCAAUAGAAUGGCAGGAGGAGGAGGAGGAGGAGGAGGAGGAGGAGGAGGAGUAGGAAGACCAGGAGGAGGAGGAGAGGAAGAGAUAAUGAGCAAGUACUGGGAAGCGACCACCACCAUCACCACCGCAGGGAAGGAAGACCUCACCACCACCAUCACCACCACGCCGCACCACCACCACCACCACCACCUCCUGCACCACCACCACCACCACCAACAACAGAAAAUGGGAUCGCGGUUGUCGGUGGUCGGAGAUUUUGUGGAUGAAGAAGGAAAUCCGUGUUCAAAUGUGUAGUGUGUUUGUUUUUUUUUUUUUUUUUUUUCUUUGAUUUUUCUUAUUUAAAUUUUUCUUCCUUUUUCUUUUUUUUCUUUGUCUUGUUCGUUUCUUCUUGUUCUUAUUUUCUUCUUUUUCCUCUUUUUCUUUUUUCUUUUCGUUUUUUUUCUUAUUUUUCCUCCUUUUCCUCAUUAUUCAUUAUUAUUAUUAUUAUUAUUAUUAUUAUUAUUAUUAUUAUUCAAGUGUGUUUUACGUGGACACAAAAUUAUUCCUUGAAAUUUGAAUGAGAAAAAAAAAAAAAAAACGGAUUUACAAAUAUGAAAUGUGAUGAAAUUUUGUGAAGGAAAGAAAAA